UGCAAAAGUCACCGGAAGUCAACUACACGCUUUUCAUCCACGCUGAGAACGUGCUUUCUGUCGGACUUGAGACGUUGCUUCGUCUUAUAUUAUUAAACGAAGUAGGGUGUUAAAAAAUAAAUAAUAAUAAGCAGAUUGUUGAAGACAUUUAGUUGGAUAGGCAUAAUACACAAGGGGAACUAACAAGCGACCGUUCCAUUGUGUGGGCACCAUGGCACCUGUAGUGGAACUAAUAGCUGGAAGUUAUGAGCAGAUAGCUUUUGGUUUUCGUGUUUGCGUUGGAGAGCAGGAGUGGACUGCCACGGCAGACUUCACACACCACAAUCACACGGCAUCAUUGUGUGCUGUUGCAACCAGUGAGAGAUUCAUCGCCACUGGAAGCAAAGAUGAAACUAUCCAGCUGUACGACAUGAAAAAGAGAAUUGAACAUGGUGCUCUGUUGCAUCAUGAUGGUACUGUCUCAUGUCUAGAGUUCUAUGGCACGUCUCACUUGCUGAGUGGUGGUGAAGAUGGUCUCUUGUGCGUGUGGAGCACUAAGAAGUGGGAGUGUCUGAAAUCUAUCAAAGCUCACAAGGGUCAUGUAACAUCACUGUCCGUCCAUCCCUCAGGGAAACUUGCACUUUCAGUCGGGACGGACAAGACACUGAGAACAUGGAAUCUUAUUGAUGGGCGAUCAGCUUUCAUCAAAAAUAUAAAACAGAAUGCCCACAUUGUUAAAUGGUCUCCUGAUGGGGAUAAAUAUGCGGUGGUGGUGAAUGACAAAGUAGAUAUCUACAACCUGGAGACAGCCACACUUACUUGUACCAUGACAAAUCCCAAGAGGAUCUCAUCCAUCAAGUUUCUGUCAAACACCAUUGUGGCCAUAGCAGGAGAUGAUGAGACAGUCAGGUUAUGUGAUGUGGAAACACAACAGUGGGUGUGUGAGUUCAAGGCUCACGAAACCAGGGUGAAAGCAGUUGAUAGUUUCACAAUGGAGGACUACAUAGUUCUGGUCACGGCAUCCAAUGAUGGGUUCAUCAAAAUGUGGAAACUUCAACUAAAAGAGGAGAUAGAGACUCCAGUUUUUCUUGGGAAGGUGAACACGACAGCUAGACUGACUUGUCUUGCUGUCUGGAAACCCUCCUGCGUACAGGACGUAAAAGAGUCGGGUGAAGAGGCAACAACAUCUCAUGGGGCUGCCAAUGAUGCUUUAGAGCUUUUAAAGACAAAGAAAGUGAGGAUCCAAACAGAAGUAGUAGUCAUAGAGGAGAGUAAACCCAAAAAGAAGAAAUUUGAUGGGGGGAAAAAGAAACGUAAACUGGAUACCGAAUAAAAAAUAUAUAUUUCCAA